CGCAGUAUUGCAUGCAUGUUGUGAAACAAAAAUAAUAAGUAUAAUAAUUCAAAUCAAGCACAUGAUUGAUUAUGGUAACAGCGAAAUCUCAAAAUAAACCUAUGAAUAUAUUAAUUUUUUAAAAAAUCUGAUAAAACUAAAUAAAAUUAGGCCUAUAUUUAAGUAUUAGACUAAUAAAACUUAAAUUAUAAGUCAAGUAAUUUGAGUAAGUUCAGUAAGUCUCACUUAUUUAAAGUUAAUAGUAAUUAAUACUUGGACUUGGUACGUAAUACUAAUACUCUAAUAAAAAGUCUAAGUCACAAGUUAAGUUAGACAUCUAAGUCUCUAAGACUAAGUGUAGUUAGUUUUGGAGAAACCUCCACUGGGGGGGUGCCAACAGUGACUUCAGUGAGUGUGCUGUCAGCUGUUUUAAGUCUUUACUUAAGUACUGUUUAGUAAGUGAAACAGUCAAACGCUUAACAGUAAGUCCGGGUGCCAUUCUCAGUGUGAGUGUGGACUGUGGUGCAGAAAUAAAUUGACCCUGCCUACCUUUUCACGCUAACUAUUUAAUUUAUUAAUAAGAUUACUACUACUACUACUACUACUCAUACAAUUAUCAUUAAUUAUUCUAAUCUAGGUCUAGGGUCAGUAGGCAGUACUGAGUAGGGCUUGUGCCUGUGCUUAUAAUUAUUAUUAUGAAUAAUGUAGGGCCUACAGUGUAAGUUUAUGGUCAUGGUCUAGUCAUACUAUAGUAUAGUCAUAGUAAAUAGUAGGGCUCUUGCUUAUAAUUAUAAAUAAUUUUUGUUAAUUAAGAAAUUAUAAAUAUAAUGUACAGUGCAUGGUCAUGGUAUAGUCAUAGUAUAGUAAAAUAGUACAGUACUAGGGUUUAUCCGGGUUCACUUUUUUUACUCUGGGUCUGGAUAUUUAGUCUUACAGACUGUCCUACACCAUACCCGUGACUCUUUAUUGGUUAAAAAUUAACAUAAUUAUAGUUGCUUCCCCCUAAAAAAAAAUUUGAACAAUUUACCAGAGCUCAACUGUCUUGUUUGAUGCUCACUAGAGUAAUAAGGCGAGAGACUGCAAUCAGCUAUGCUUGCUUGUUCAUGGGGCAUUUCGAACACUUGGUCGAAAGCAGCUAUACUGGACGCCUCCCUCAAUUCUAUAAGAGGUACAUAGAUGAUGGUAUAGGGGUCACCACUAUGGAGAGGAGUGAACUUGACCUGUUCAUUAACUUUGUAGGCUCCUUUCACCCCUCCAUUAAAUUCACAUCUCACAUCUCUGAGACCUCAGUCAAUUUCUUGGACAUUACAGUCACUCUUCACAAAGACACCCUACACACCUCUGCCUACUUUAAGCCCACCGACAGCCACAGCUAUCUACUCUACUCUUCAUCCCACCCUAAAUCCUGUAAGGACUCUAUUCCUUUCUCUCAAUUACUCCGUCUUCGUCGACUUUGUCGGUCGGAUGAGGACUUUUGGGACAAGGCACUUGAAAUGAUAGACUUUUUCCGGUGUAGGUCUUACCCGGAGACAGUACUUUCAUCAGCCCUCCAAAGGGUUAAGAAUAUUACACGUGCUGAUGCCUUCAGACCACGUCUGAGCGACAAUGUUGACAGGACAAAACUCAUUUUAACUUAUCACCCUCACAAUCUGAUUGCUAAACGUGUUUUCCUUAAACAUCGAUCUAUACUACUCGCAGACACCGACACACGAGAAAUUUUCUCUUCCCCACCUCUCAUUGUUUUCAGACGGGAUAAAAAUCUGAGAGACCUGCUUGUACGCAGUCGUAUCAAUGCUCCCCCCUCCCACUUUGGGACCAAGCCGUGUGGACGCAGUCGUUGCAACACGUGCCCUUUUGUCGUCCAGACUGAACGCAUACGUUUCCCCAAGGGCAGUUUUCAGAUACGCGACGGUUUCCUCUGUACAAGCCGCAACGUUAUCUACGCCAUUGUCUGCACCCGCUGUCAGAUGACAUACAUAGGGGAGACUGGACGCCGUCUCUCUGACAGGUGUACCGAACACCUCCGAAACAUUACACAAGAUAAACAGUGUCCCGUCUCCAAACACUUCAAUAGUAGUGACCACCAGGGCAAGGCGGACUUUUCAAUAAGUGCGAUUGUGGCUAGCACGAACACCGCCAGCCGGGUCAAUUUGGAACACAGACUUAUCCUGACUUACGGCACUUUGACGCCAGAUGGGAUUAAUGUUAUGUCUCUGUUCACAGCUUGACCCUAGCUCCGCCCCUCCACGUUCUGACCUAUCACAGUGAACUUUUUUCUCCCCCUUUUUUUCGCCGCUGCUUAUUUAAACUCUCACUCAUUUUCCUUCUGCCACACUUCUAUUGCUGCCCACAGAUACUACUUUCCAGCUAAGUGCUGUUUCUUAUUUUUAUACCGUUUUUUCUGUUGUUUUGUUUGCUGACGAAGGCUUUCUGCCGACACGGUCGCUGUUUUGUUGCUUGUAUUUUUUCAGGUUUAACCCUACUCUGUUUUAAUCAUUUUAUUUUGAUGCUCACUGCUUGACAGCCUUUUUUUUUCACUCAGUACUACUACAUAUAUAAAACAUGGGGAGUUGUUGGGGAAAGGGUGGUUUUGAAAAAGAGCAAGACACACCAGAAUCAAAUAUAUAUAAGAGAUAGGCUAUAACUUCCUGAUCUGUUUUGUCACAUAAAAUAUGAAAUCAUUGACAUGUAUUCAGACUCAGGGUACUCUAUUCAAAACAACAGAAGAAGACAUAAAAUUACAUAGAUUUCAUCACAACCUUGGGUCUAAUUAGGACUAAUUUAAAGUCUAAUAGCACAUGAUAUUGACUAAUUCUGAUAAGUAUCAUUACUAUGAUAAUUUCAGCUCAUAAUUUUUAAAGCUUAACUUACAAUUGAGACAAUGUUGAUUAUUGAUUUAGCCUGUGCCCUAUAAUUAUAAUACUAUAGUUUUAGCUUUUAUAUUGUAAAUUUAAAAACAUGAAUUAAUAAAUGAUCUACUCUUGUCAACAGGUAAAUGACACCAAGCGUUGUUUAAAACUUAAUCAGGAUCAACCAAGAAUUUGCUACAUGGCUCUUUAGCUCAGUAUUUGACACUUGAGUCAUUUGUCAUUAUAACCCUCUGCCCUUAAAUUUACAUCACACAAUCACUAUAUAAUAUAGUGACAAUGCCAGGCCCAAAGAAAGCACCACGCACAAAAGGAAAUGUUAAGGUACACUAUCAGUGGUUAACUAUUUGUUAGAAUUUUAUAAGCAUACUUUGUUAAAAUAUUGAACUUUUUAUUGUUGUUAUGAUUAUGGUGAAACAUUAAAUUACAGAGAGACUGUGGGAGAAAGAAUCAAAGCACGAAUGAUCAUGUUACAAAGGAAUAUCAGUAAGACAACACAAACAUACAAGGAAGCCAGGAGGAAAGCAACAAAAAUGUGUAGGAAGAAAAAGAGGGAAUGGGAAAAAGAUAAACUAAAGGAAAUAGAAGAUUUAUCAAGAGAGGGAAAUAUAAGAGGAAUGUACAUGAAGAUAAAAGAUGAAAAUAAUGGAUACCAAUCCAGACCGCAAAUGUGUGAGAGCCACAAUGGAGAAUUAAUCAGGGAAAACAGUAAAGUACUGGAGAGGUGAGCUGAAUAUUUUGAGGACAUACUGAAUGCAGACAAUAAACAAGAAGAAGAUUAUCAUCCCCACAGGGAGGACCAGACCCUUUUAUACAUGCCCAACCCUAGAAGAAACCAAAGACGUAAUUAAUUAUAUGAAAAAUCACAAAGCCCCCGGACAAGACCUCAUCACAGCAGAACUGAUAAAAUAUGGAGGAAAAGAGCUACACAAUCAGAUACAUAAACUUAUAACUAAAAUUUGGCAAGAAGAGAAAAUACAGACAGAGUGGGAAACAGCAUUAAUAACCCCAAUACACAAGAAAGGCUCCAAACUUCAGUGCACAAACUACAGAGGAAUCUCCCUAUUAAAUGUUACAUACAAAAUACUGACAAAGCUUAUUGCCAAAAGACUACGACCUUACACUGAAGAAAUACUAGGUGAUUACCAAUGUCGAUUAAGGCCUAACAGAUCAAUGACUGAUCAGAUUUUCAACAUCAGAUGCCUAUUAGAGAAAUGCUAUGAAUAUAAUAUACCAGUACAUCAACUCUAAGUGGACUAUAAAAUGGCUUAUGACAGCAUCAAAAGAAACUAUCUAUAUGAGUCUCUGCAGGAGUUUGGGAUACCCAACAAACUGACAAGACUAAUACAUGUAACACUUAACAACUCAAAAAGCAAAAUCAAGAUUCAAGGAGAAUAUUCAAGGGAAUUUCAUAUUAGAUGAGGCCUAAGACAGGGAGACUCACUGUCUUGUAUGCUUUUAACCUAACAUUAGAGAGAGUUAUUAGAAACAUACACAUUGACACUCGAGGAACGAUAACAGGAUACUUUCUGAGGGAAACUCAAAAUCCACAACCAACGGGCACACUCUACAGCCAACCACUUCAGUAUCUUGCAUAUGCUGAUGACAUAGGACUUCUAUGGAAAAGUAUUAAAGACUUAUCAAAAUCCUUUUUUGAAUUAGAAGACGCAUCUCUACAAGCAGGGCUGGAAGUUAACAAUCAAAAAACAAAAUACAUGACCAUGAUAAGAGAAGAACAAACAGAUGAAGCAAUUAAAAUUAGAAACCAGACUUUUGAAAAAGUAAAUACAUUCAAAUACCUAGGAUCCUUGUUAAAUGAAAGAAACGAAUUACUAACAGAAAUAAAAGAAAGAAUAUCAGCCGGAAACAGGGCAUACUUCAGUAGUCAGAAAAUAAUCAAAAGUAAAAACAUUACAAGAGAAACAAAGAAAACAAUUUAUAAAACUGUAAUCAGACCAGUUGUAACAUAUGUAAGUGAAACCUGGACCCUAACAAAAACAGCAGAAAACCUAUUAAACACAUGGGAGAGGAAAGUUCUCAGGAAAAUAUAUGGGCCAACAAAUGAUGAAUAUUGAUGGAGAAAAUGAACCAACCAUGAAUUAUGCAGUCUAUAUCAGGAUCCCAUGAUAGUGGCAGAGAUAAAAAGAGGCAGGCUACGCUGGGCAGAACACCUAGAGAGAAUCCCAAAUGACAGAGGAACGAAGAGGGUGCAUCACCAAUACCCCAGAGGAAAAAAGCUCAAAGGCAGACCUAGGCUUAGGUGGAUAUAUGAUGUGGAAAAUGAUCUACAGCAGUUGAAAGUCCAAGCAUUGAAACGAAAGGCAUUAGUUAGGUCUGAGUGGAAGGAAGUGGUGAGGCAGGCCAAAGCCCUAUAUGGGCUGUAGCGUCACAGGGAUGGAUGGAUAAAACAUUAAAUUCUUGCAUAAAGAAAAGUGUAACUAAUAUAAGAUUUAGACAUUUUGACCUUCCGUUUCUAACAUAGACUAGAGUGCUUCCUUUUCCAAUAUAAUGAGAUUCUGACACUUGAAGUAAUUUCUAAAUGUUUGUACUUUCUUGUUUUGUCUUUUCUACUGAAAAAACUGAAGGCAUGUAGCCGAAAUGUUCUCUUAUCUUUGUCCUGUCUUUUCAUUUCAAGCCUCAUCGUAGCUUGCUCCACUAAUUCCUUCACAUGGCUUUAGCACAGUCCCUCAUAUAUUAUCCUUAAAAAAUAAUAGCUCAUUUAUCUGCAAUAUGUGGCCUAUCUAAAUUUAUUUAAUAAUUAUUCUGAGGGCUAACUAAUUUUAUUUUUAAAUAUUAGAAUAAACAAUUAUAUUAUUCUAUCAUUUAGUCCAGUGGCCCUAUAUUAUUGUUACAUUGCUGAUAUAUUACAUUUUGAUUAUCUUUGAAUCAAUUUAGAAUUGAUUUAAUUAAAAACAAUUAUCAAAUAUAUAACAUUUAAAUUCAGUAGAGGAGUCUCAAAAUGGUAAAAGAAUUAAAACUCAAUUUCGUUUUAAUAUUUUCAGCCUUCCAGUAGUAGCCAAGCUGCUCUGUUGUUAACUGCAGGUGGUCAUGUCACUACAGGGUUCAUUGGGUUUUCUAAUAACCCGGCCUUUGUACCAGCUAGUGAAAUGUUUGAUGAUGCUGAAGCAGCUCUUGAUGGAGAAUUUCGAAUUGUCCUUCGCAAAUUGUCCAAGCGGGAUAGUGUCACCAAAAUAAAGGUUAGGCUAAAAUUAAUCAGAACAAUUUGAAACAUUCAUUCACCAAGGCCCACCCUGCAUUAGGAUAUGCAUUGAAAAUAUUUGUUCUCUAAAAAGAACACUUCUUUACUGGGUCCUACAAUUAUUCAAACAUAUACAGCCAGUGCUGGACUUACGACCUAUGCAACUUACGACCACAAUCACUAGCUAUAUUAGAUUUAUUUCUGCCUCAAUUAUCAGUCGAACCGCGUUAUCUUCAAUCAUCGGCGGUCGUUAACUAAUGAAAGGGAGGCAUGAUGUUAUGAUGAUGCUAUGCUGCUAGCUGGCGUCAUCAAUUUCUAAGAAAUAACACUGUCACAAUCAAUUACCUUAGAUCCAUUGACUUCCCCAAGGGCAGCUAAAGCUUGUUGAUUGGAGAGCUCUUCAGAGUUUGAACUCCCAUCGAAAAUUAUGAUUUAUAACAAUAAUAAAAGAAAUUUAUGAUAUACUUUAACUUAAAUAUUAAAUAUUUUUAUAACAUCACUUCACAUUACUGUACACAUAGCGUACUAAACUUACGACCAAAUCGUGCUACGACCAGUUUGUCGGAACUGAUCAUGGUCGUAAGUCGAGCUCUGGCUGUAUAUAUUUUGUGUGUGUGCGUGCGUGCCUGUGUGUGUGUCUCUACCUGUCUGUCUCUCUUUAGCACAACUUGCUAGAGGAAAACAUUCCAACCAUCACACUCACAGCUUAGACAGCAACUGACUAACAAUAGCCGUACUCCAAGCCAGUCCAGGCACUACGUCCAGACACAUAAAAUCUAGUAACAUCACAAUCCUUAUAUGAUCAAGAAAGUUUAUCAACGAAACUAACCCUUGAGACACGCCGGCACAAUAAAACACAACAUUCGUAGUGCAAUAAUUAAAAGGCAAUAUCUAUGCUCAACACCUAUUUAUUUUCUUUACUAUUAGUUGGCAUUGAUAUUGUUUUAAAUGUAAAAUAUGUCUUUUUUCUUCAAAAAAAUGGAACAUUUCUCAUUAUCUUCAAAUGGUGUUAGUGAAAUGUGUUAGAUUUUUAUCAGAGAUUAUGUUCAAAUUAAUAUUCAUUUUGCAAUUAACGACAAUGUAAUUUAAUUAUUAAAAUUCACAGUCACUUCUUAUGUUUCAGGCCUUGCAUGAAUUUAUAACUUUAUGCGCCACUAAAGAGGAGGAUCUUGUGAAAGCAGUUGUUCCAUUUUGGCCCAGGCUGUACAACAAGCUUGCCAUUGUAAAUAUUGUUUUACUUGAGUCUGCAGUUAGUAGAUCAAUUACAUAGGGAUAGGGAAUCUUUUUAGACAGUCUUUGAGUUCACUUUCUCUUUUAUCACUAAGUGUGCAGCCUUUUUAUUCUCAAUCUAUUAAUAGAAAUUAAUUAAGCACAACUUCAGUAUCUUGUUUUCAUUAUGCAGACCUUUUAUAAUUUCAUUUUUUUUUUAAAUAGACUAAAAAACAUUUAAAAAAAAAAAAAAUUAUUAAAUGUUUGACUAGGGCCCUGGUAUUAUUUAAGAUGGAGACAAAAGAAGAGUUCAUAGAACUGCUCCAUUAAGGUUUUUAAUUUAUAAAAAAUUAUAUAUAGAAUGCAUUUUUUAAAUUCCCCUCUCUAUUUAAGUCAUAGUUUCUGGUCAGAUAAUAAAUAGCACAGUAGGCCUAUGGGAAGCCACUUUAAAAAACAACUAGAUAAAAAUUUAUAUUAUAAAAAAUAGUUUAAUAGCAGAAUGUGGGCAUAUUUAUGAGAGUCAUCUGUUUUUGUCUUUUAGGAUAUUGAACAUAAGGUACGAGAGUUGUCUCAACGAGCCCUUCUAGCAUUAGCUGAGAAAACAGGGAAAUGCCUGGCUCCACAGCUGAAGAGCUUCAUGGGAUUAUGGAUGGUUGCAAUGUGUGAUACCUACCCCACUGUGGCAUCAGCAGCCAACACAGCUUUCACCAACACUUUCACAUCAGUUAAACAAGUUGAGGCAGUACAGUUUUGUAAGGCUGAUAUAGUGGAGGUAAAAAUCACUCACAGAGGAGGACCAAGAAUUUUAGUCCUUAUAUUUGAAUUAUUUAUUUAAUUAUUAUCCAUAAUGAAUAAUUGAUUUCUUUUGGUUCACGGUGCUAUUGUGGUGCUAUUAAAUUAACAUAAUUUAUAUAAGUUUAAAGUUUUGUCAUCAAGUGUUAAAAUAAACUUGAAGUUUUUUUUUUAAAUCAAUAGUGGAGUGCAUAACUUUAAGGAAUAUGAAAUAAUAAUCUGUAAUAAAAAUAAUUAUGAAACAAUGGAUUAAAUUUUAGUAUAUAUUUAUUUAAAGCUUUAUUUUAAUGAUAUUCUGUCUCGGUAAUCUGCAAUCUUAAUAUGGUAAAUUUAAAAAUAAUAAUGCCUUAACUACAUUAUGUCAUUGUUGUAUUUCAUCAAAAUGAUAUAAUAAUAAAUUGUAAUUAAUAUCAUAUUAAUGUUUAGAAGAUGAUUAAUGUUAACCAAUCCUGACAAUGCCCAACACUAAUUUGAUAGUAAAAUUCUGUUGCUAGAGUCUUGCCAGAGAACACCCUUAUUUAUUUGGGGUUCUGGCUUAAACCAAUGUGUGAUAUAGACAUGGGUGUUUGUAUUUACCAGUAUUAUUCUACCACACAAGCUAUAUUAAUUAAUAGAUUAAUUUAUACAUCCCAGUGUUUGAUGAAUGUGUGUUUGUAUUUACCUGUAUUGUUCUACCAUGCAAGUUAUAUUAAUUAAUACAUUAAUUUAUGCACUCCAGUGUUUGAUGAACAAUAUUUUGAAAGCUACCCCAGAGACCCUCAGUGAUCCACAGUAAGAUAUAUAUUCUUUAAAUUAUACUUUCUUUAAAACAAAAAGCUUCAGUUACCUCCUACUAAUUAAAAAAAAAAAAAUUACAGGUCCUUUCAUCUUUAAAUUUGACAAUUGCUAUUUUUUUUUUAAAUUUUGAAUGUUCUGCACGUCAUCUUAUUUUAUCUCUAUUUAUAAACAAUUUGACUGGUUUUGUUUGGUAUAUUUCUGAUACCAAAACUUUAAUUAUGAGCUCAUUGCUUAUUCUUUUUAAGCUUGUAAAAUUCUAUAUUGGAUCCUAUACAUUAGUUACUUAAAUUUCAUCUCAUUUUACUACUUUUUAUUCACAGAACCACAAGUGAGACAGACAUGGGUGCCAAGUAUGAAAGGGUAGUCAGCUCCAGCUUGCUUGCAUUCCGUAAACUUAUAACAAUACUUCCAGCUGACACUGUCACCACAUUCAUGUCUGAGCACAUUGAUGCCUUGUUGUCAAGUUCAGCAUUUUGGAAGCAUACAAAAUCCACAACAAUAUCCGUAUGUGUUCUAUAAAUAAUUGUUUUUAAUAAAAUAUUUGUUUAAAGAUGCAUAGGUGGAAAGUUAAAAUUAAUGAAGAAAGAAUAAAAACUAUUAUUUAAUGUAACCUUAGUAUAUUUAUUAAGACAAGUGAAGUCUUGUGCUUGUAAAAUUUUUGAUGUUUGAGUUUAACUCAAACUAUGAUCAAAUAAUUGCUUUUGGGGAUAAUUAUCUCUGCAGCCAAUGACAUUGAUAAGUAUGCUUAACAAGAUUUUUAACUUAAAUUUCCUUCUAACUUGCUCAGAUUAAGAGUGGUUUACUGAGCUUGUUAGCAGUAGUUUGCCAACUGUGUCCGGAUGCAUCUAGCAAGGCAGUGAACAAGAUAGCUCCAUUCGUCAUCUCAAACCUCGACGCUAGUGAUCCAACUUUGAUCUCGUACACAUGGGAGGCCACUCUUUCUAUGAUUAAAGCCCAUCAGGUAAGUGAAAGCUCUUCAACAAGCUUUUUUAUCUGGCUAAAUUGUCAUAGAUUUUUAAAAAGUUAACUUUCUGUUUCAAACAAAUGUAGUGGAAUUUACAUUUCAUUCUUUUAUUACACAAAAUGCAAAAAAAUUGUUCAGUUACAGAAUUGAAUAAAUCUUCGGGAUCUACCAGGGUCGCAAUUUUUGUAACAUGUUAAAAACUUCAUUUUCCCAGCAAUAUCUCACUUUGGAUGUUGGUCUUUAUAAAAAUAGUAUCUGACUGAGUACAUAAAAAAAUAUCUGUAAAUCAAGUUAAGGGAAAACCUGGGGAAAAAAAUACGAAACAAAACAACAAAAAGCCUUUGUCAGUUAACGGUACCAUCAAAGAGUACGAAUUAUAAAAUAUUUUGGGGUUUUUUUCCACUUAACCUGAACAUGCGGUUUGCCGCCCCCCCCCACCCCCCCUCCCACCGACUUCAACGAUGGAUUUCUCCCUGUUAAAAUAAGUCACCAGUAUAACAAUGACAAGGAACAAAAUAAUAAAAUAAUGGAAGGUCAGGAGUCCCUUUUCCAAUUCCUACAUAAAUAUCUAUCUGUGGAAAAGUCUUUCUGUGCUUUAAAAAGUACUGCCACUCUAACACAAUAUAGAAAUUUGAAAAUUUUAUUUUCUGUGAAAAAAUAUAUCAUAGUUCAUUAAGAUGCCUUAUGUCUGUGUUUAACUAAUGUUUAAAUAAUAACUAUGAAGAAAAAGAAAUGGCUCCGCUCUUUUUGUUUUUCAGGAUUGCUGGGAGCACAUCAAUUGGCAAAAGGCCAUGUGGCCAAAGAUUAAACACAUUCUUGAGUCAGGCUGUUCUGGUCAGGCAGCAAUUGUCUCACCCUGUUUACUACCUCUCCUCAGCAAAAUUGUUAACCUUAACUACCGUCAGUUCUUUGAUUCGUUUCGCAUGGGGUAGGUGCAACAUUCAUUCCAUCAACAUUUUAUAAUAUUAUAACUGUUUGCUUUAAUGUAAAACCAUUGGGUUUUUUUUUAUACAGUCCAAGUGUAUUUUUUUACCUCACAUUUUUACAAUUUUCUUAAAAACUGAUGGAAAAAAACUCUUUGAUGACUUGUGUUAUUGUUGUAUCAUAACUCAACAUUUUUUUUAUUCCAGCUUAUGUGCAGCCAGAUCUUUGUACAGUCCAUCGGACACAAAUGCUCUUGUCAAAAGCUUUACAGAAUGCAUUCACUACAGCAUUCAAAGUAUAAACAAUUCUGGUAAUGAUUGUUCAGAUGUCAGAGAUUUAAUUCUGAGCCAGGUAUGGUUAUUUCUAGUGUUGGUAAUCUCAAAGGAAUAUAGAUAUUUUUAAAUGUAUUAUUAGUUAUUAUGGAUGCACCAAGUGCUUGAUUUAAUUCAUUUAUUUAACCAAUUAAAUGAACUAUUUUUAUUGUGUCAAAUGGUAUAUGGCAUUCAAACACAUAGAGAACAUCUAGAUGUUUUAUCAUUAUGUUAAGCUCAAGAUUUGACUGUCAGUACCAAGUGUGGGAAAUUUUGUAAAGCUGAACAGUAAAAAGGGGCAAAGCUCUAUCAUAAGAAUUUUUGAUUGUCUGUCAGUAUGCAGCAGCGGGCCAGAAAUCAGCAUUGCUUAACCAGGCUAAAGACCAACUGAAUAUGUUACCAAAUUAAAAACGUCCACUAACAAUGACACAAUCUUGAAUAGUAUAAUAGUAUUGCAUUGGCAUUAAGAGGAAAAAAAAACAAGUAAACCUCUGUUCAGUGCAUCCCAACUUAGUUGACUGAUAGCAUUCUAAAUAUCUAGAUUAAUCCCUUCUGAUUAAACCAAUGAAUAUAAGAAUUUCCUGCUUUUAAUUUUUACAUAACAUUUAAAAAGGGUGGUACUUUAAAAAAUAAUCCAUUGACUUCACAUUUACUUCAGCUUCUGUUGGUUGUACAAGCAUCCCUGACAGAGCAACAGUUAACUCUGUCUAAAACAGACCUCUAUGUAAGUCUCAGCAUUUUACUUGAGGUCUCCAACAAUAUUAGGCCAGGGACAGAACAGUCCUUUUGGUCUGAAUUAUCAACAUUUGUUGUUGAAAAACUUGAAGCAGAAUAUCAGUUGAUAGUGGAGAGAUGCCAAGAUACCUCCACUGUUAAACAGAGCCUGCCGUUCUUUCAGUGCUUGAAUUUUCUCAUGCAAGGCCUUGUCUUUCAAGAAACAUCUUCUGCAACAAAAGAAAGGGUUAAAUUUGCACAAGAGGACACCAGGACUAGCAAUAAGAAAUCUAAUAAUCUUGGGAAAAAGAAACACAAGUUAUCCAGUGCCUCUGAAACCUUCGUCAGUGACAUUUUGGUGACAGUCUUUGAACUGGCCAUGGCGAGUGAACAUGCAGCACCUCUUUUUAUGGGUUUGUUCAAAGACCUUUCCUUCACUGACAUCCCCGUGAUUGCAGCACAGAGGCUGGCAGAUGAAAGUAAAGUAACCAGCCUGGCUCUUGAUCCAUCACAAAACCUGCUCAACUGUGCUGAGGAAAAUGUUAAAUCUGAGCUGCCCGUGUGCGGCACUGACAAUGCCCACCAAAGAUUUCUCUGCAAGAAGGCCAUCAAGUUAUUGUUGUACGCAGAGAAGAACAAGAGUUUGAGAGAUCUAGGAGGAGGGAAGUUUACAGACGACCUAGUUCUGAUCACCUUGGCUUUUGUUUCAUAUGUGGACGCCGAAGAAGGAACCAUAUUUUUCUCAUAUUUAUUAGAGGUUAGUCAUCUGUUGAGCUUGCUAUGCCAUGAUUUAGAGCUAUGGAAGUUUUUUCAUUCAUUUUCUGUACAUUUUAUUUGUCAUAUUUGUUUGUAUUCAUGUGCCUAUAUUAUUUAUCAAUGAUCAGUGCUUAUCUGAAUUAUAUUUGGAGAGAGAAAGAAAAAAAAAUCACAUCGAUUAACAUAGUGGCAAGGACUAGCCUGCGGCCUAAAAGGUUGAAGUUAAUUUGUCUACACUCUCCCUACACACAGAUAUUUUUUUAUGUGUCUGCAUAAGAAACAUUUUGUCAUUAAUUUAGCACUAUGAAUAAUAUUUGUUUUCUCAUGUCUAAAAACUAACUCCAACGUUGCUUUCAACAAAUUGCACAAAUAUUUUAAACACAUAAUUAAGAUCAUUAAAUAAAUUGUGCUAUGAAAUGUGUUUUUUGUUCACCCAGAAAAUGUAUUAAGUUCUUAUUUUCUUCAGAAUGUUCAAGACAGUCAAAUCACAUGUCAGCUGAUACAACAUAUCUUAAGCCAUAGCCCUGUAGUGCCAGCCUGCUAUAACUUACUGCAAGGCACCCAGGUCUCCAAGAAGAUAAAAGAGGUAACUCUUGCUGGGAUAGAGACUAACAAGAGCCAAGUUAAUGGAUCUAAUAUUGUAUGGAAGAUGUUGACAUCAGUUCUUGACAUUCUGGAUUCUAGUAACAGUAAGUGGAGCAUGUUUGGUUUUGCAAUAAGAUGAACUUCAUGUCUUUUGAAAAAUCUAACUUUAGUGAUAUUAAAUCAUUGUUUUUGUUCAUAAUAGCAUUAUUUCAUAAACUCUGUUUUUUUAAUCUUCUAACUAGUAGCUCCAUUAUAAAAGUAAUAUUAUUCUUUUGUGUCAAAACUUCAGGAGAAAUGCUGAAAUCAUGACACAAAAUAAGUUAAUGAAACUAAACCAUCUGUAAAACCAUUUUGUUCCAGAUGACCUCCUCAGCCAAUCCUGCCUUGAUUCUGCCAUUUCUAGUUGUCUAAGUAUUUUAAAAGAGCAGCAGGUCUCUGAAAAUAACCGAGACACUUUGGUCCCUGUUAUAAACUUGACCAAGAAAAUCUUAGACACACGAAAGGUAUUUAUUGAAUAUGUAUAGUGUUUUGGAGUGUACUUUUUGUCGCAUUUAUUGUGAGUACACAUACACAGAGAGCCAGGUUAUCUUUUUAAAAUUGUCUCUAAAUAUGUCACUUAAUUUUUUUUUAUUCUAAGCAUUAAAAUUUGAAUAAAGAACAUCCAUAAAUUUUUCUCUAAUGUUACUGUUACACCAUUAUGUAAAAGCAGUUCUGUCUGUCAGUAUGCCUCCUUUGUCUUUUCUUCAUUCUUUAUAAGUUCUCUAAUAUUUUAAUACAUUUAUUUUUUGGAAUUUCAUGAGAUGAUUUUAUUGGACAAAUUGUAUGAAACAUUUAAGGAUAUGUGAUGAAAUUUUUAAAUCCAUGUCACAGGUGUGGACACACCCACAGCUUGGAGAACUAGUUUUGAGUUUUUUCAGUUUAUUGUUGGCCAAUAAAAAUUCAGGUAACAUUACCAUUGAUAGAUAAAUCUAUAGUUUUUUAAAUGAAUUUGACACAUCUUUAUUUUUAUGAGUGAAUAUGGUUGCCUAAGUUACCCCAUUGCUAAUUCCAUACCAUUUUCGCUGCUCAGGGUAGAAGAAUAGCUCCCUUGAUAGCCUGUGUUCAUUGCAUUCGGCCCUUUGUCCACAGCUGAUGAUCGUGGAUGAAUUUAAGCCCACCACCUUUUCUAUGUGAGGCAAACUGCAUUUGGAUCAUAGGGCCAAUUUUUAAAAAAAAAUCUUUAAAUUAUAUGGACUUGAUUAACAUUACCACCUACAUUAACAUUAACUGAUAACUGAAAAUAAAUUCACAUUUAUUAAAUGUACAAGUUAAUUCACAUCAUUAGUUAUUCAAAAGCAAGUAAAUUUCAAGUUCAGAACUGCAUGCAACCCUUUAGCCCAGAGAGUUAUUGCUCUUUAACUUUAAGUACCAAAAUAACACAAACUUCUGUUUGAAAUCUCAUCGUCUUUCAUGUAUGGAUAAAAGAAAAGUUCAAUGUUCAUGUUUAUUUUUAAAAAAAAUUUUGUGUAUCCCCUUUCAAAAAAUGCUCUUAUUCCAUGAUUGUUUAAAUUUUAAUUGUCAUCCCUUUAUUAUCUUUUCAUGACUAGAUUAUUAAUUUUUUUAAAAAUUAUUUUAGCCCUGGUCUGUGUCCUCUUCAUAAUUGUAAACACAAUAAAAAUCUAGUCUUUUACUGUAAUAUUACUUUAUUUUAAAAAAAAUUUCAGAGCUUGUAGAAGAAGUUAAUUCUGUUUGGAAAUGCGGCUUUGACCACAUUGUGGAGAAAAAAUCUGACACAGAGAUCCACCAGCACAUAAGUCAGAUGAGCCAGCUGAUUAAAGCAUGGAUCUGUUUACCAGCAGCAACACUUUCGGGGUCAGUCAGUACAAUCAUUGAGUUGAAAUUAGCUGAGGCAUGUAUGUCACUUAAAACAAGUGUCCCAAGCCAUUUAAGAGGGCUGAAUAUAAUUUUGAACCCCCAUUCAAUUACCCAAAUGAUUAUACAUUUGGAUCCAUGAUACAAAAUACGUUCAUAUAUUAAUAUGAAUCAAAUUUUAAAAUCAUUUUGCCCCCUUCUCCCCAUAUCAUAAAUAUCCCAUAAUUACUUUUCUUAUCAGAAAGAAUAUAUUUGUAAUGAGAUUUUUAACAGAAAUUUAAAAUGUGCUCAUUUUAUUUAAAUCUUUUGGGAUAAUUAAAUGUAAACUAAGAACCUCUGACUUUUAAUUUAAUCUUACUGCUACUAGAUCAUCUUAUGGCAUUUGACAAAAAUUAGGUUGAGAAUUUACAUUUUUUCCCAGCUGAUAAAGCCAAAUUUGAGAAGUUAAAGUUAUAUAUUUGUUUGAUGAACUGUCUACAGCUUAUCAAAUGCAAGUAAAGCUGUGAAAAGUGUGGUAACACAUGUGUCUUCAUUCUGUGAGGACCAGGGCAACAAAUCCGAAUAUGAUCUUACAGUCUUAUCCAGCACGAUAGACUCAUUUUUGAUAUUGGACCAAAGUCAGUUUGAUGGUGUCAAUGAGGUUUGUUGACAUGUGGGGUAAUUAGAUUACUGUCUUGUUACCCAGCUCCACAGUUACCAAUUUUUUUGGUUUAGAAAUUGAAAGAGAUUCAUUGUGAUCAUUUUGACCCUUGACUCAUUAACUACAAUCAGCCUCUGAUACAUCUGGAACUUAAACGCUGGCCAAGUGAUGAGCAUAACUCACAUUUUAAAUAUACUAAAUGUUAUUCAAUCAAAAUCCACAUUAUUUACCAAUUACAAAACUGGCUUCUUCUUCUUCUAUAUUUUGAGGGCCCAUGAUCAAUGAAUUGAUCAUUAUGGCUCUUAGGACUGGAUGCUAUAUAAUUUAUUAGCUUUACUCACUAUAUUAAGAUGACCAAGAUUUCUUUUCAUGUCUUGCUGGUCAAAUGUGGUUUCAAGCCUAAUUAUUGAUGAAAUUUAAUUUUUUAAGUUUUUAUGAUUCACAAAUGUAUUUCCAGAGAAAAUUCAAGUGUGUGUUAUUGAUCAAUUUAAUUGUGAAUUUAUAUGCCACAAAAAAAUAAUAGGAGAUUUUAGUUGAAUUUCUACACCAUACAACCAAAAUGGCCAGGGAAAUUAAUUCCAUCAUUGCAUGUCUUUUAAUUUAGGAGUUGCUGCGUUUAUAUUCAUUUUCUUUGGUCUAGUUACAUCUGUAAAUGAAUGAAAUCCAAAAAUGAAUUUAGAAUGUCUUUGAAAGAAUUAUUAAGUAUUAGCUAUUAUUGGCAGUGAUCUUAAUUGUAAAAGUUUCUUUAUCUCUGGUAAUUCUUACUGGACUGUCCUUAUCGCAGGUUUACCAACUGAUGUACAUGGAGGGUGGCCUCUCACACCUGCCCCCUGUCAUUGUAUCUCCACCUGUGUCACUUGUGAGUUACACCUUAAUCAGCAUCCACAACCUUAGAGCACUGGUGCUCAACAAGGACUUUCAGAUGAAAGGGUCACAGGACGAUGGAUACCACUGGUCAAGAGGUCAACUCCAGAGUAUGACAGAGCUCGCACUGAGACUGUAUCUACUGGAUAAACACAUCAAGCUUCACCCCAAUGUAUGAUUAAUGUUACUGUAAUCUUGAUUAUUUAAAACUGUGAUGUACUGGCAGGAAUUUAUCUACACACCAGCAGAGAACAGCUGCCAAUUCAAUGAUUAUAUUGCUUGAUUAUCUCUUAUAUUUCUCAUAUUUUGCUUACGGGAGUGUGCAUGUUAAAGGACUACCAACUUUGACAGGCACUGGAGUAAAUGACAUACCGUUUCUCCUACACCGACUGAGCCUAAAUUUAAAAAUAAUGCCACAUGCCAUGAGCCUGGCGAAACCAGAAUAUGUAAUUUGAAGAACAUAGUGGUGACUGUCAGAAUUUUGUGGUAAAAGAAUUUUCGCCCAACCCACUAUUUUUAUAUCAAUGACUGGUAAUGGCUCUGUGCUUGCACAAGGUGAUCACAAUGAAUGCUGCAGGGUUUUCAAUCCCUCUUUUUUUUUUGCAGGCCUUAAAAGACAUGGCUGAUGAUUUAACUUCUGUAAAGAAGGAUCUGGCGGACUGUAUGGCAACACUGAGAGAAGAGAAUUUCUCAACUGUGUAUGAGCUGAUCUCUCAGAGGUAAGAGAAGUGAUGAGUCAGAAACACAAUCAUGUGGCGGGGAGACCUGUCGUAAACAUUUCGCAACAGAAUAACAUAAUCAUGGUGGGUUUAGGAUUAGAGUUGGGGACCAUUUAGGUAUGUCAUUCACCAGUAGUUUAUUAUAAAUUCAUCUUUCACCUCUUAAAACAAGAAAUGACAACACGGCAAUACAAUUUUCUAGGUUUCUAGAUCUUUAGUUAUUUUUAAUCUGUCAAUCUUUUUAUUUCAGUCAAGAUGACCAGUGGUGCUCAUAUUCCUGUGGCAUCAAGUCCAUCCUUGAGCCACUUGUCCAGGUUGUGGAGAAACCUGGAAGCAUCCAUCUUUUUGAUGCUUACGUAAUGUUUUUAUCCAAGUAAGUUCCAAUUCUUGUCUUCACAUUCUAAACCUCUACAGUUUAGCACUUCAGGAUAUUUAGCUUAAUUUGAAGGUAAAUGUGGCCAGAUUUACAUGCUCUUUAUUCUUUUAAAGGUGUGUAGACAGUGAUUUGGCAAUCAAGCUGAUAGAAAACCUAAAGACAUCAGGCAUAGUGAAAGAAAGUAUUCAAGACAACUUGGCAAUCAGUGUUUCUUACCUUCUUGGUACCCACAUCAUCAGUUUGAGCAAGCUUGCAGGUGAGUGUGGCCAUCAACUGCUGACCACUUUCUAGACCAAGAUUAGUUCAAACUAAGUCCUACUGGCCUGUGAUGUAAAUUUGUGCAAUCCACAAACACAUAUAAAACUGGCUUAGGCUAUAUCACUGGCAGUCUGUCUUAAUCUUGCCCUCCAUAGGCUAUAUCACUGGUAGUCUGUCUUAAUCUUGCCCUCCAUAGGCUAUAUCACUGGUAGUCUGUCUUAAUCUUGCCUUCCAUAGGCUAUAUCACUGGUUGUCUGUCUUAAUCUUGCCCUCCAUAGGCUAUAUCACUGGUAGUCUGUCUUAAUCUUGCCCUCCAUAGGCGAUAUCACUGGUAGUCUGUCUUAAUCUUGCCCUCCAUAGGCUAUAUCACUGGUAGUCUGUCUUAAUCUUGCCCUUCAUAGGCUAUAUCACUGGUAGUCUGUCUUAUUCUUGCCCUCCAUAGGCUAUAUCACUGGUACUGGUAGUCUGUCUUAUGAUUUUUAUACCAGAAUUGUCACUGAAAUAAAUCAAACUGAAGAAUGGUAUCAUACAAUUAUAUUUUUUGGUCUAAAAUUUUCUUAUUUUAAAAAAAAAAACAGUCUUCUGUUUAGGCUGAUUCCUGUCAAACAGUUCAGCUCUUCAUAUUUCAGGCCCAGUUAAUAAACUAUUUAUUUCUGAUCUGCUGGGUAUUUAUGGAAGAUGCUGGGCACUAAAAUAUACAGUACCUAUGAAAGAUAGUUUCUAUUUUUACCUUGCCUGUGAGAUCCUACUAUCAGUUUCAGCUGUGCAAAAUAUACAAUCCAGAGAACCAAAGUUGUGUUUAACACUGGUUGACUAAUUUGACAGCCAUGAUUGUCUGUAACUUUGAUGGUUUUAAUUUCCAGAGACACUCUCGGGAUGGCUGUCACUGUCCUUGCACCAUAACCUUCUCAAUGAGGAACUGAAAAUGUCAUUUUUGCAGACUGUCCUGGACAUUGUCAAGAAACUGAAGGAAAAGGACAUUCAUUUGUUGUCGGGAAGGUAAACACUUGUUGCAUGCAGUCAUUUUGUUUGUUUCUCUUUUUUGGGUUAAUCCCACAGUAAACUGUGACAGCUUUCUUGUUACAUUGAAAGCGGACUGAGCUUUGGAUUUGGACUUGAAGUAUCAAUAGACAUUUGUAGGAGUUUUCUAAAUCUUUGAUGAAAUUAAACAUCACACCUUGGUUUUUUAUUUAGCUGUCCAACUCAUUAUUUGCUCUGUCUUGACAAGCUGCAUUGUAAACUAUAACUGAAGCAAACACAUUCGUUUAUAAUCUCUAAUUAGUAUCCAAUGAUAACUGACUGCAAUGUUUUUAAAAAAUAUAUCUUAAUAGUGAUGUCACAGCUUCCCAAGAGAACAUACACUGGAACUGCCAGGCUGCUAAGAUUCUCAAGACGGUAAUUGUGCCAACCAAUCAGCAGUAUUGGGAGUUCACCCUCUGUACACUUGCCGAAUGGAUUCAGGUGCUUGAUCCAAGAUAGACAUGUAUUUUGGUCAUGUUAUUGUUUUAGUGACAUCAUCAGGAUUUUUUCAACUUGUUUCUGUAGUCAGAAACUUUUAUAAACUUUUUAUGUAAAGGGGAAAUAUGUUUAUUAACAGGAAUGUAUUUAUUGGACUAAUUAGAAGAGUGUUGGUAAAGCUUUAAAGUAAAAUAAUUAGACACAAAUAAUUUGUAAAAAUAAAACAAUAUAUGUUCAGCUUUAAUAAUGAUUUUAAAUGUAGCUGCCAUGUCUUUUGCCUGUUGGGUUUUUAAAUUUUACUUCCACUCACUUCCUUCUAGUACUUCUUAACUUUGUUUUUGUCUGGCUUUUUGCCCACUCUUAUUCUUUUCUAUUUUUUUAGGUAGGAUCUAUGAAAAUAUAUAUUAUGUAAAUUUAAUUUAUACUUAUUUAAAUGUUUGUUUUUUUGUACUGAUGAAGGCAUUUCCCAAAACAUUUACAUUUGCAUUUUGUAAAAAUUUGUAGUAACACUAGUGCAUUUAUUGGUAGUAACAUUAGAGAAUAGAUCGGUUGUAAUGCUAGUGAAUAUUUUGGUACCGUAGUAACUCUAGUGAAUAGACUGGCAGUAACAAUAGUGAAUAAAUGAGUAGAUUGGUUGUAACAUUAGUAAAUAGAUUGGUAGUAACAAUAAUGAAUAGAUUGUUUGUAAUAAUACUGGAUAAGAUUGGUAUUGGUAGUAGCAAUAGUGGAUAGAUUGGUAGUAAAACUAAUGGAUACUGGUACAUUGUUAGUAGAACUACUGUAUAUCUCUGUACAAACGCUAGUGGAUAUUUGUUACAAAGACCAGUGAAUAUAUUUUUACUAACAGUACUUACCAUGCUCUCUUAUUGGUAAUUAUAAUAAAUUGUAUUUUUUAAACUUCAGUUCCUAUCAGAAGCCAGUGUAUGUCAAGAAUCUGAUGUUGUGACCAAAAGUUUACUGGUGGCAGUGUGUGCUCUAGUCCAACUGGCAUCUGAAACAUUCUCACAGACUUCAGCACAGGAAAUUGCACUCACAGAAAGGGCCAGAACUGAAUGGAAUGAGUUCUUUUCAGAAGGAGUUUUCUCUCCCUUACUGCCAUUGUUUGUAUCUUCAGGUUGGUCUAUUACAUAAUUUAUUACAGCCAAUGUUACAUAAAUGGUACUAAAACCUUGUGCACUGAACCUGAAAUCUGUCCAAAAUGAAUGGCUUUGUGUGGCUUUACUUUAUCUUUGGAGAGUGGUACCAAGCCAAUAGUUUAAGAAACAGUUUUACUUUAAUGCACAAUCAUCUAUAUUUAACAAUGGCUUUUUAUUGAUAUGCAUUGGCACUUAAUUUUAUAGAAAGGAGUACAUUUGUUUUAUGAUCUGAGAACACAUCACAUAUAUUUUUUUCCCCUCAAAACAGCUUAAUCAGCCAAUUUAUUUUCUAACAUCACAUAAUUUUAAAAAAUUGUGCCUACGACCUAACUAACCUCCAUUUUAUUGAAAACCUCCAGCAGCUACAACCUCUGGAGACCUAGACCCCUGCUGGUCAUUUGUCUUGCACUCACUUGCCUCUGCAGCCAGCCUGUGUCCCCACUGGCUUGUCUUGGCUCACCAGCUGCCAGCUAAGCUGACUGCCACAGACACCUCAAGUAUUCCUGACAGCAUGAAGACACUGCUGAAUCAUUUGAGUCCACUGCUCAUGUUCAAGCUGAGAACAGUGGAAGUGGUGGCCUACACCAUGUUGUGGAGGUAAAUCACACAUUUUACAGGUUAUUUUUCUUAUUUUUUAAAAUUAUUGUACAAAAAAAAGGUAUAGACAAAUUUAACUUUGAAAAUUAUCAUUACAAUUCUUCUUCUUCUAUAUAUUAAGGGCCCACGAUCAAUUUAUUGAUCAUUCUGGCUGCUAUGCAUGUAGAGUGGAUUUACAACGUUUCUGUGCCUGGUGUUGAAGAGGAUAUUUCACUGGUUGCAAGGGCUACUCAGUGAGGGUAUCAUGAACUGGAGGUUGGAAGACAUGAGGCAAUAGACAGAAAUGUUUCAAGUGUUGUCGCCUCAACUGUUCCUUUUGGAAACUUGUUCCAGUCCCUGAUUGUCUUUGGCAGGAAUGAGCAGGUCCUGAACUGGCUUCUUGCUGGUAUGAGCCGUAACUGUCUGUCAUGGCCUCAUCGCUGUCUGGGAGAGGGCAGUGUUUCUAUUUAAUGCUGGAGCAGUGGACCAGUCCAUUAUUUAUCUUGUACAUCAUGGAGAGCCUGGAUAGUCAUUGUCGUUCCUCCAAUGGUGACCAGCCCAGUGUCUCCAGCAUGCUGCCAACACUAGAGGUAUUCCUUUAGUGGCCAGCAUGCUGCCAACACUAGAGGUAUUCCUGUAGUGGCCAGCAUGCUGCCAACACUAGAGGUAUUCCAGUAGUGGCCAGCAUGCUGCCAACACUAGAGGUAUUCCUGUUUUGGUUGAGGACAAAGGGUGGUGCCCAUCACCAUGUUUAAAAAAAGAUGGAAAAUAAAGAUGUAUGACAAACAUGCUGCUACUCCAGGAAAAGUCAUGAAUUUUUCUGUUUUUAUUUGGAAAAUUAUGAAAAAUUUGGUAACUUGGAUAUGCAUGCUAAUCAUAAUACAACAUAUGAUGUGUUUUAAGUUAAACCAUCUAAAUUACAGAUUAAUGGACAAUAUUAUUUUGGAGAAGAAGCAAACAGAGGACCAUUAACCCCAACAGAAGUGAAAUAAAUUGAAAAUUUACCAAAUCUUUAAGUUAUAUCUUUAUUUGUUUUUAUGUAUUCACCAUUGUUUGUGUAUCUCUAUUUCAUCAAAAGUCACCAUGUGGUAUUAUGAACUAUAUUUGCAGUAUAUUAAAAAUCUGAUUAUAGCAUGUACCGGUAGCUUAAUUUGUUGAGAAAAAAAAUUGACAAGAAUGUAAUUAGAUAUUUUAUGAUGUUUUUUUUUUUCAUCAAGAAUUAUGGAAGAGAUCCCAAAAUAUGAAGAGAGCCAAGAGAGUGACAACAAACAAGAAGAAGAAAUAAGGCAUGUAAAUUUAUUUUUUUUCUUCAAUCUACAUAGAAGUUAGCUGUGUGGUAACAUUGCCUAUAUAUUUGAAAAUUCCCUUUAUUUGAUAAAACAUAAGAGAAAACAAUGUACAAUUUAACAAAAAAAUUACUCUCCUCUAAAUAUUAUGAAUUUAUUUACCAAAUUUACACUUAAUCUAGGGCUCCACCUGAAGCUUUAAUAGAACAGGUUGAAUCGGCUGGGCACUUCCUGAACUGUCUGAAGGUUGUGCAGAUUGACGACCACAUUCUUAUGGACAGUGACACAGAGGAGCAUGCACAGGCCAUGGGAUAUUUGUUAGCCUGGAGACUGCUGCUGCACCUUUUUAGGUCCUCUGGCAAUCAGGUACAGUUUAGUGUACAGACGAUUUUGUGUAAACAAUGUUUGCCUUAAAUUUAUUUUAAUGCGGCAACAUGUUUACCCCUUGUAUACAAACAAAUUCAGCCUUAAAUUAUAAUUUUUCUUGAUAUCUUUCUGUAUUUCUUAGUACCUAUUUGAUAAGCCUGAAUGAAAAUCGCCCCCUUAUUGUCUAAAAAAGUUUUAGCCUCAAUGACAAAAAGAAUCCUACAUUCUUCUUGCUUUUCUGCUAGUAAUUUUUCAGAUGAUUAAUUUAAUAUAUAUUUUAAAUCAUUUACAGAUGAGGGCCAAAUAUGCUCAGUAUUUCAAGAUCAAUAACUCUGUCAGCCAUCUGCUGGAUCAUUUAUUUAGACUCAUGCCACAACAUCCCUCGUCUUCCAUCUUGGAUCUGGAUUACCAGCUUGACAUAAAUAGUAAACUCAGAUUUUCCUCUUUUUUUUCUCCCCUUCUUUUUUAAAAAUUAUAAUUUCAUAUUUUAACUUUCUAUACAAAAGUUAAUUUUUUAUUUUAUUUCUUUUCUUUCCUCUUUUUUAGCUUUAGUAAAAAAAAAAAAAUAUAUAUUUCAAAUUUUAACUAAAUAAGUGAGAGAUAAUUUUAUGCAAUUUUUAUUGAUUUAAUUUUAUGCAUAAUAUUAAUAUUAGUUUAGUAAUAUAAAAUAAGUCCAUUUAAGUGAAAAUGAACCUUUUAUAUGAAUAUCAAUUUUGCUCCUUGUCUCAGAUAAAGGCAAUGAUUUUGAGCUGGGCUACUUGGCUUUGUCAGUUUAUCGUCAAUGUCUUGAGAUCCUUCCAGCCCUUGUCAGGUCUUGGUGGGUAGACCAGGAUAGAAAAGCAUCCAAUUUUAUUGACAGGUAAAACAUUAUUAUUAUUUUUUUUUUACAUAUUGUUUGCACGAUCAACUGCACUUAUUCUCCCCUGAAAUAAUGAUGAAAUAUCAUGUGCUUAGUUAUCAGUUUUAACAAAUUCGAUGACAUUGAGGAAAAGUACACAUUUGGUCACUAGGUGCCACAAAUAUUUUUUUAAGCGUUAACAAAAAUUAUAUUAUUUUAGCUUUCUGGGGUUUUGACUAUUAAUUUCUAUUGGAAAUGACAAAUUAUAAAUUUAAUUUAAUUUACAUUUUCAGGACAUUACAAAGCUUCAUUAUUGUACAACUAAUCGGGAGUGCCAAUUGUGAGGAAAUAAUGGGGAAUGUCAUUUUACAUCUAAUGACUAACAAAUUUAGUGAUUCUUUUUACCCCCUCAGGUUCACCACUCAGUAUAUUAGUAGUGGCCUCAUUAGGCAGCAAAUCACCUCAGCCCAGGGUACAGAAAAUGGCAUGGCUGAUAUUACUGUAAGUUGUUGAAUGUAAACAUUGUGCUAUUCAUAGGAACCAGUAUCAAACUCAAGGGGAAAAUAUUACUCAUGUGAAUAUUGUUAAAUAUUCACUCAGUAUAUUCCAAAUUAUCUGAUACAUCAAGUUUUAAAUAAAUCAUAUGUUCCUUAUAAAAAUUUGACUAGCAAUGCACAGGUUAAAGUAAUCAAUAUUCUGUAAACAGUUGGUACCGGUAUUGGCUUAUUUUAGCUAAGAGCUCAUGGCUAAAAACGAGGUUAGACACCAAUUGGGUUGUGAUGAGCUAUCUCUCUUGCCACUUAUAAAUUGCAUGAAUCCAAAUUCAGUUUGUAUUUCAGUUUUACCGAUGAAGGCUUUAUCCGAAAGUCUUAAAUUUGUAUUUUGUCUUCUAGUCUAAUUUAAACUUAUCCGUUGUUUAAUUUUCACAAAUUAAUAUAUGGUUAUGUGAUAGCAAGAUAUGAGAUUUUUAAGUAUAAGGAAACUUAUGUCAAGACCUACACUUGUAUUUAGCAAUAUUUGAGAUAAGUGUAAGGAAACCUAUGUCAAGACCUACACUCGAAUAUAUCAAGAUUUGAGAUAUCCAAGUAUGAGGCAAGACCUACACUUGUAUAUAGCACUUGUAUAUAGCAAGAUUUGAGAUAUCUAAGUAUAAGUAAGCCUAUAUGAAGCCUUACAUGAACAUUUGUAGAAAGAUGGGGUAAAAUGUUAGUGUGUUCCUUUUUUUCGGAUUAGCAUUGUACCCAUUUUUUUCUAAAAGUCUCAAAGAAUUGCUAUCUCAUGCAUACAGUUUAUCAUUAUAAAAAAUUGUACAACAAAUCAGGAAAUUUUUUUUGUAAGGCUCCCUCUAUUUGCAGAUCCGAGGAAGACCUGCUGCCAGAGAAGUUUCUGCCACAUAUCAGAUGGCAGAAGUAACUAUUAACAUGAGCAUAGUGUUGCCAGAGAACUAUCCCCUAGGAAAGCUAGAUGUCACAUGUGACAAGAGAGUUGGUGUCUCCCAAGCACAAUGGGAUCGUUGGUUGCUGCAACUCAAUAUUUUCCUUCAACAUCAGGUUGGAAUUUUUAGUAGAAAAGUUAAACUAUAGAACCCAAUGAGAGCAAAAAAAUAUGUUAUAUUCUUGAAUUAAACACAUGUUCAUGUUUAUUCAUAUAUAAUUAGUGGCUCAGACUGCUGCUGUAAUGGUUAAGAUAUAAGGAAUGGAUUAAGGAUACCGGUAAUAGAUUAAUAAUUAUCCUUAUUUCAAUUUUUUCUAAUUUUGUACUUCUUCCCUCUUUUUCAUACUGUAGAAUGGGAGCAUUGUCGAAGGCUUGCGGCUGUGGAAAGGAAACAUAGACAAGAAGUUUGAGGGCAUUGAAGACUGCAUGAUCUGCUUCUCUGUCAUUCAUGGGACAACAUUCCAGCUGCCUAAACUCACCUGCAGGACGUGUAAAAAGAAGUUUCAUUCAGCCUGUUUGGUAAUUCUUCUUUCUUUUCUGCAUUCCCAAUAGACCCAAUUCCUAUUGUUGACAUCAUUAGGAGAUCUUUAAUCAAUUCUAUAAUAAUAUUGAUUACCUAGAGAGCGAAAAUUGGAAUAAAUAUAUUUUUUUAAAACAAAACAAACAAACAAAGCUCCUCAGAGAAUCUUUAAUAAUUAUAAUUGUGAGGAAAUAAAUUAUAUUAUUUUUUAAAGAACGCAAUAAGCAACAACAAAAAAAUUAAUAAAGUAGGCAGAUGUUAAUAUUUUUUUUAACAUGGUGAUGGAACAUAUUUCUUAAUAAAUGCGCACUGUCAGUAAUUAGUUAUUAAGGUUCCACUGGAUGAAGCACAUUUCUAAUUAAUAACUUGACAUUGUAUUUCCUUCCACAGUACAAAUGGUUCAACACAAGUCAGAAAUCUUCUUGUCCGUUGUGUCGAGACCUGUUUUGAUUGUCCAACAGCAAGGCCAUUAUUUUUCAUAUUGAAAAAUCAUAUGCUCACGUUUGAAACUCACAAUUAUUUGCUUAUUCUAAAUGGCUGUGUACCCAUAAGGAAGUGGAAAUAUGACAAAUAAAGAGGCUCUAAAAUGUAAACAUUUGUAUUGAUUGGAGAUUUUUUUUUUAAAUGGAAAAUUUCUUCCAUUGCAACAGAGAUUUUUAUAUAUCUCACCAAUGUUUGAUUACAUUGAAAUAAACAUAACUAUUAAUUAAAUGCAUUGAAAAUUGCACACGUUGUGUCCAUAAAUUAUUGGUUAUGUUCAAGGAAACUUAAACAAAUUUAAAUAAUAUACUAACAUGAUCAGAAACUUAUAAGCACAUUCACUUCACACAUUAAAAUAUUCAAACCUGUUGCUCAAUGAAAUAUUGCCAC